CUCGGAGGAUACGAGUGAUGAGGGAUGCAUCCAGCCUGCGGUCCUUGAAUGGAAUGAUGAAAUUAUCAUGAUGACGUCGUGUGAUGACGGCAGCCGCAGGGUUUACUGGUCAAGCGCCAUGGGGAGAUGGUGGUAUGAGGAAUACGACACUCUUUCACGCGUGUGGGGCAACUCGCUGAAUCGUACAGGGCACGGCGUGCAGGGUGGCUUCGUCAGCGCGAUGAUCGAUGGACAGAAAUACAUCCUCGUCAGUCGGCCGGUAUAUGCUGAGAAGAACGGUAAAGAAACGGGCCGACUUCACUUGUGGCUGACGGACAUGCAGCGAAUUUAUGAUGUUGGGCCGAUAUCCGCUGAGAAUGAGAACGUCGCCGCCAGCACUCUGCUGUACACCACGGUCGAAGCGCAGUCAUUGAAAAAGGAAGGACCGAAGGAAGAGAAGAAACUGUACUGCUCGUACGAGGUUGCUGCAGGGGGAGAUAACUACAACAUUACUUUUGUGGACCUGACGGAGAAGCUGGAGGAGAUGAAGAAGGUGGUGGCUGCAUGGAAGGAGAAGGACGCGUACAUUGCGAGGGAAUACGGCUGCGGGAAUGAAUGGAGGAAUAAUUGGCGCUGUGACUGUGGUGAAGCCCUCACUAAAGGGCUGUUUGGCUUCUUAUCCAACAAGUCAACUGACAGCACGUGGGCAGACGAGUACCUCGGGGUGAAUGCCACAGUGAAGAAAGGGAAGCCAGCGGCGGAUGGUGGAUUGACGUUCGAAGGGUCCGGAGCAGGGGCGGAGUGGCCUGUUGGCAAAAUGGGGCAGAAUGUGCCGUACUACUUUGCGAACUACAAGUUCACUCUUGUGGCGACAGUGUCCAUUCACAAGGAGCCGAAGGGAAGCAGCUCUAUCCCUUUGAUGGGUGUGAGGAUGAACGAUGCACAAGGCACCCUGCUCUUUGGUCUGUCGUACACCCACGAAAAGAAGUGGAAGGUAAAAUUCAGUGAGAGUCUUCGGAAUUCCUCGGCGUAUUAUGACGGUGUUGGAUGGGAAACAAACAAAAAAUAUCAGGUGGCACUGGAAAUGCAUCAUUAUGAUGGCGUGAGUGUGUACGUGGAUGGAGAGGAGAUAUACUACACCAAUGAUUAUGAGGACGGGGAGGAUUACGGCUUUAAUCAAAAGUUACGAACGCUGUUGAGGUCCCACGGCAUCUCGCACUUUUACAUUGGCGGGGACAGUACGAGCAACUCGGACGACAUUAAUGUGACGGUGAGCAACGUCCUGCUGUACAACCGCGCUUUGAACGAAUCAAAGCUCAAUGCUUUAAUGAAGAGGAACACAGUCGCUGCUGCAGCGGCGAAGGUGCCGGCCCAGGAAGUUGCGGCUCAAACUACCAAUGUGAGUGAACCUUCUCGUCAUCCCGCCAAUGUGCCCGUCGUCACGCCUGAAGCGCAGCAAGACGCCACAUCAGCACCACGAAGUCAACACUCACCAGCGCAAACAUCAGAAAGUGAAAGUGGACCAGCAGAUUCCAAGCAAACAUCUUCUGAUAUCAUUGAACCCUUCACCUCAGCUGGUGUAGAAAAGGUGGAAGAAGAGUCACCUGGCAGCGGUGCCUUUGCGCCUACAUCGUCACAAACGCAGAACGCGGGCAGUCAUGAGUUACUUGGAACCGAGAUGCCUGUCAGUGGGGAGCACUUUCCUCCCAAUAUGGAUUCACCGCUGACGGGGCAGGUGGACACAGCGGAUGAAGAAUCUCCGCGGAACGGCAACACCGACGAUCAGGCGCCGCACAGCGUUUCACCUGAUGUUUCGGAGAGCGUGGGCACGAACAGCGGCCCCGAUUCAUUCAGCAGCACUAACGUGUCGGGUGGCGCUGAUGCCGCGCCGACUCCUUCGAGCGCAGCGCCUGGGGAAACCAAGGUCCCAUCGGAGCUCAACGCAACAAUACCCUCGGACCACGACAUUUUGCUUGAGUUCCGCGAUUUGGCGGCCAUGGCUCUAAUUGGUGACAGCACCGUGCAUGUGUGUGUGUCUCGGGUGUUGUUGUUGCUGCUUCUGGGGCUGUGGGGCACUGCGGCUCUCUGCUGA